ACAUACCCUAAGACACAUGACAUAUUUUCUGAGCACUGCGUAAAUGAUAAGUAAUAUCUAGAAUAUGGCAUUGACUUACUCUUUGCUAGAGGAAUCUAGAUCUUUAUAAACCCCACUUAUACCACCAGCACCCCCAAACUACGAACUUGAACAAGUCCUAUUCAGUUUCAGGAAGGAAGAAUCUCCAAAUGUCCGUUUACCAACUAAGGCACUGCCCCGAAUACGUGGCAGUGCUUUAUACCGAUACUAGGCAGGUUCUCUUCGGUUUCCGCCGCGCCGGACGUGGAGACGUACGUACAUGAGAAUUCGGCUACAAUGUCAAUGUUUGGAUAACCGCCGAUCCACCGGAUCUAGAUGCAAUGAGGGGUUGUAGAUCAUACAGCUUGUUAUUGAGGUACGGCGCAGGGCACUGGAAUUUGCUGCUAUCGUGAUGUAGAUUCUACCAGAUUCAAAAAUAGUAUCAUUUCACACCGCCGCUGAACAACACCUUGAUUGAAUUUUGUGUGUACAGAAAAGCAUUUUGGUGCUAAACCUCACUCAUAGUGUUGGCUUGAAGAUCACUCAUUAUAUGAUGACCGGAAGGGGUUAGUUUUCGCAUACUUGAAUCACAGAGCCACAGUGUCAUCAUGAAACCCCUCACAAUCGUAUGGGCCGUUGUUAUCGGUUUCAUCACAUUCGAUCGAAAUGUGGUGGCCCAAGAUUCAGGGCCAAUAUGUGACGUACCGUCUGCCGGGGACUUGAACGGCUCGAACUUCACAUACCCCUUUCCAUUGAAAACUUAUAAAUUCACCUCUCAGCUCCAAGAAGUUGAAAUGGCUUUCAUGGAUGUUUCACCAACAAUUGAGCCCAACGGAAAGAUCGCCAUAUGUCUACACGGAAAGAACUUUUGUGGGCCUACGUGGGAGGAGACCGCCAGACAACUUGCUGGAGUAGGCUACAGAGUUAUCUUGCCUGAUCAAGUCGGAUUUUGCAAGUCCUCGAAGCCAAGAUCAUAUCAAUACACGCUGCAACAAUUUUCCUAUAACACCAAGAGUCUCCUGGACGUGCUUGGAAUCGAGAAUGUGACGGUGGUCGGUCACUCGUUAGGGGGAAUGACGUCUAUACGCUUCGGUUUGAUGUUCCCCGAUAUCAUCGAUAGGUUGAUAUUGGUGAAUCCUAUCGGGCUGGAGGACUGGAAGGCCCUUGGUGUGCCUUAUAAACCCGUCGAUAUCUUAGACGCUAUCGAGUCUUCCAGUAACUACACCACAAUCCGAGAAUAUGAGCAAUCGACGUAUUAUGUGGGGAAAUGGGACGACUCUUACGAUGUAUGGGUGAAUAUGCUGGUUGAUAUCUACAAAGGGAAUGAGGCGGCUAUGUUUGCCUUCAACCAGGCACUUGUUACCGACAUGGCACUCAGCGCUCCGGUGGUUUACGAGUUUGGAAUGCUAGAGCCUCGAACCCUCUUGAUGAUAGGUGACAAAGACAAUACAGCUUUGGGUAAGCAGUGGAGCCCCCCAGAUGUGCAGACAAAAUUGGGUCAUUACGAUGUGCUAGGAAAGCAAGCAGCUGCAGCUAUGCCAAAUGCCGAUUUGAUCGAGUUCCCUGAUCUAGGUCAUGCGCCACAAAUUCAAGAACCUGGAAUCUUUCACGAAGCAUUAUUGGCGUGGUUAUCAGAUUAGAACUUUACAUCAUCGACUCAUAGGACGAGAUAGUCCGUGAAUUAUCUGUAUAUACUCUGAGUAUC